AUGUUCUUCACUAUAAUGAAAAACCACACUUUGUUCCAAUUUGUACCAAAUGAGAAGCAGGAAUUAUUUGUCAAGGCAGCUAACAAGCUUUUGAAGACAAUUCCACAAGAUGGUGUUGGAAAAAAGGUCGAUGGGGUGCCUGUGUUUAGUGCCCAGAACUUAGACAUUGCAAUUGCAACUGAAGAUGGAAUUAAAUGGUAUACUCCCUAUUUUUUUGAUAAAGGCGUGCUUGAUAACAUUCUUGAAGAAGCUGUUGAUCAACAUUUCCAUACAUUAAUCCAAACUCGACACUUGCAGCGACGGCGAGAUGUGGUUGAUGACAACUUAGCAGCAGAAGUGAUUGAGGAAAUGAAUGAUAGUUUAGGGGAUCCUCCAGAGGUUCAGGAAGUCCUAGAUGAAAUGGGCCAUCCAAGUAUACCACUAAGUGUUAUUUCAAAAGCUGCAGAACUCCAUUUCCAUUAUACUGUUGACAAGGUAAUCCUGGGUAAUAGGUGGUUGCGGAAAGCAACAGGCAUACAACCAAAAUUUCCCUCUAUGGUUGACUCGUUUGAGAGAAGGUACAUUCCAUUUUAUACUUUCACUUGUCGAAAGUUUGAUUUAGCUUGUAUUUUGAAACGCUGCUACCUUUUGGGUUCAUCUACUAUGGAAAAAGUAGAAUCCUCGAGAAAAGGGGUACACAAAGAAGAUUCAGGACUGAGUCCCUUCCUUCCAGAAGUAACAAUGAUUGGUCUAUCUACAGAGGAAGCCAACCAGAUGAGCAAACCUAGUUUGAAAAACCAAAUGGAGAAUUUAACAAAAGAGUUGGAGAAGUCAGAGUUAGAUAAUGUGAGUGGUAGUGGUAGCAGUGAGGGCAAUGUAGAAGAUAGAGAUCCACUUUUUGUAGCAAACAUUGGUGAUUAUUAUUCUGGUAUUGCAAGAAAAGGACCUGGUCGCUGGAUUCGUGGAGGAACCAACUGA